AUGCCUGGCAUCAAGGCGCUCAUCACGAAAGCACAGUUGAGGUGGGUUGGGCAUGUGAUAUGGAUGAACGACUCGCACCUUCCAAGGAUGGUCUUCUUCUCUGAACUGGCCUCUGAUGCAAGAAACAUCGGACGGCGACUCAAGCGCUUCAAAGACUGCUUGAAAACUUCCCUUGUAGCCUGUGGAAGCACUCCUUUGUACCUGGCGUCUCUCAAUGGCCACGUCGCCGUCGUUGAAACCCUGGCCCGCAAGGGGGGGACCUCGACGAGAAGAAGAGUGAAGAAUUUCCCUAAAUUUUGGUGCACUUUGAAUACCAUUCCUUGUGUCCCUAUAGCUGCAAGAAGAUUCGCUCCCCUGCACAGAGCCGCUCAGUAUGGACACGUGGAAGUCAUCAAGCUCCUGGCCACCAAGGGAGCGGACCUGAACGUAAAGAACAUAUGGGGUGAGGAGGCCGAUCCAGGUAUGCACAAAGGAACCUUACGACCAAGUUCACAAGACGGUGUAACACGGUAUAGCUCGUAUAUCCAGGCAAUAACCUUCUAA